AUGCUGGGCUGUAUCGGAUACAGAAGUGAUGUCAGAUCGAUUGUGCAUAGAGACAAAAGGAAAGGAGAAAGUAUUUUCAUAAUAGUGUCUUGCAAGUUGUGCCAUAUCACUCGUGAAAGAUCGCCAUUCAAAUUAACUGACAUUAUUAAGGUGCAUAUUUCUGAUACUGAUUUGCUCUCAUGCUGUGGAGAACUGUGUGGCCGCGGAUGUCAUGGAGGAUUGACUAGUCGAGGUUGGCUCUAUUUCACCAUGACGGGCAUUUGUAGCGGAGGAGGAUACGCCGAGAAGGUCUACAUCUUAAUUGCUAACUACAUAAAUCAUAACAUAAAUUUUGUUUUUGAGGAUUGCUGCAAACCGUACGCCUUUUACCCUUGCGGAGAACAUAAAAAUCAAACCUAUUAUGGACCAUGUCCAAAGGAGACAUGGCCUACACCAAAGUGUCGUAAAAUUUGUCAGCUAAGAUCUCACAAGGAUUACAAAGAGGACAAGAUAUUUGGUAUGGCUUUCCAUCAUUUACUGUUCUUUUGGUUAUGUAUUUGCAAUUCGCGAAAGUGCGAACACAAAUGGGGAGAACAGCGAGGAGCACAUGCAAUAAAAAUUAUUGGGUGGGGAGUAGAAAACGGCACUCCUUAUUGGUUAAUCGCGAACUCAUGGAAUACUGAUUGGGGAGAAAAAGGGUACUUCCGUAUUCUUCGCGGCGAGAACCACUGUGGAAUCGAAGAAGUUGUGAUCGGAGGGCAUAUUGACCUUGAAAAAUUUGAAUAG